AUGGAAGAACCCGGCUGCCAGAAAAUGCCUCCGGACCGCGAGCUAGAUGACUGUAACAAAGUGGUGAGUGCAAAAAAAUCGAAAAAGGAGAUCAAGGAAGACACAAUAAUGUCAGACAAGAUGGAGGAUGCUGAAGGAUGCUUCGAGGAAACACAAGCUCAAGACCCACAACAAAAACAGAAGUCAAGUCCCAUUUCUUACAGAGACUCGCUGUUGGGAUGUAAAAAACAGGGUUUUAAUGGAGUUGCAAAUGGGUGUUCAGGCAUGGAGGAGGACACACUCAUCUCGGAUGUCCUGGACCAGACAUGGAGCUUACCAGAACCCUCUGAAGAACUUAAAAAGCUAAUGGAGGUAUACCCGGUAAUGCCAAUCACGGAAGAAGAGUUUAAUGAUGAAUGUAAGCAGUGGAAUAAUGCCUUGAUUAUCACAGUACUGGGGGCACGAUUUAAUCUAUAUAAGCUCAGGGAGCAUUUGGGUAGAAUCUGGGGAUUUACCGACUUUGAGUUAGUCGAUCUGCCGAACAAUUAUUAUGUGGUCCGCUUCAACAAUGAUGAGAGUUGGGGUGGGAAGUAUAAGCGAGUACUCUUUGAAGGGCCAUGGGCAGUGGCGCAGCACAGCAUUCUAGUACAGAAAUGGUCCCCGUAUUUCGACCCAUUCCACAACCCAUUGGGACGAAUUGCCACCUGGGUGAGAAUACCAAAUAUUCCCUUACAUUGCUACUCAAAAAAAUUCAUAUGGCGAAUCGGAGAUAUGAUAGGGAGAACGCUCAGGGUGGAUAUGAAUACCAUAGCAAACUUAGAGGAAAGUAGAGCCAAGGUGGAGCGCGGCCGGUUCGCCCGCAUAUGCGUGGAAGUAGAUCUCCAGAAGAAGCUGAUCCCUCGAAUCAUAUGUACAUCUGCCCUUUUUAAUGUGGAGUAUGAGGGGUUGAAUCUUAUCUGCUUUGAGUGUGGAAGAUAUGGGCAUACAAGGGAUGCUUGUCCCUGGAAACCAUCGUCUCAAAAGGUGCCAGAGACGGCACCAAAGACCAGUGAUCAACCGCGUAUGUCGCCGGCCAAAACUCUACCGGAGGAAGAUGAACACUUCGGCCCCUGGAUGUUGGUGAAAGGAAACAAGUCAUGA